AUGGCUGAGGGUCGCCUCCAAUACACAACUGACUUCUUCACAUUCAGUGCUCUGCUGCUGUUUGGGCUCUUCUUCCAUGAGCCCAUAACUGAAGAGCCUGUCGUCUCUUCUAAUUUCACCUGGCACCCCUUGAACCAGUCCUGUACAGUUUUUCUGACGUGCAGUGCAGCCUCGCACAGCAAUGUCAUCUACCGCUGGGCCGUGAAGAACCAAAACAUAAAUGGCUCCAGCCUGAACAACAUUAUCAUGUCUCAGGAUGAAGACACCAAUUUCACCUGCACUGUUUCCAAUGUUGUCAGUGAGAAGUCAACAUCCGAAGUGGUGACGUGCAGCAACAGUACGUCUGACCCACCUAACACAGUGUCCAGCUCCUCACCUCUUUUACCAUUGAUUAUUGGGCCUAUAAUUGGAAUUUUACUAAUUAUUCUACUGCUGCUUUUGCUUCUUUUCUACAAGAAGUCAAAGGGUCCGUGUUUUAAUAGGCUCACCCAGUCUCAAAUGGUCAACCAAGAUGAAACCCAGCAACAUGUGUACUCGUCUCUUCUCCAUGGUGAUAGUUGUGUCUAUGAAACAAUGAGAGGCUCUGAAGAUGGUGUAACAGGUGGACCCCCAAAUAUAUACAAUAACGUCACAUCUCCAUCGGUUCAUCUCCAUCAUCCUCGCAAGCAGAGUGAUGAUUGUGUCUAUGAAGAAAUGAGAGGCUCAGAAGAAGCUUUAAAUGAUUUGUGAAAAGGAGUACAUCAUCAACAAAACAAUAGAGCAAAGAUUCAUGUUGAGGUAGCUUUUGGAAAAAAAUUGAACUCUCAUUUGAACUCUCGUCCUUCGUGUUUUAGGGUUAAAAUGGAGGAUCUAAAGGGUCAGGGUGUGCCGUUCAAAGUGUCUCUAUCCUGUUUCUUGUAUGACUCACUGUCCACUGUUCCACUGUAUCACUUCUUCUUUCAAAAGAAACACUGGUAAACGUGCCCAUGUUAUACUUCAGGGUUUCAGCAAGUUAAAAAGUCUGCGUGUCCUUGAAAAUUAAAAGGUUUGACAUAGAAAUUACUGUGCAACAGAGGAGAAUGGGAAUACAUGCUGUAUGAAAAUUUCUUAAAAUAGAAGUUGACACAUUUAAUCCACUUGAUGAUCACGACUUAUACAAAAGGAAAUGACCUAAUUUCUUUUAUUUGCAAACUUUUUAGCCGCUGUGCUCAAUGUUAAACGCUCUGCUCUUUUCUACAGUCAGUGAAGAAUACCUGAAGAUUGUGAAUCCCCAGGUACUACUACAUAUUUAAACCUAUUAUUUAUUUUAAAAAUAUCAUGUGAAAGUAUUCUAUUUUACUUACUAUUUUACUACUACUACAAAACAAUACAUCCAUCGGAAUGAAUGGGGAAUUUCACUGGAAAAUGCAUAGGGGAAAUUGAGAUUAAAUAGAAAAGAAGGGAAAAAAACAAAUAAUUUUUGCUGUGAUUUUUAGUGAUACAGUCAAGUAAAAAUGCAUUUCAUUGAUUGACAACAGAAUAUUCAUCUAAUGAAGUUUUUAGCAUUUUGUGUUUGGUGAUACUUAAGAAUUUGAGGAUAUUUUCAGACAUGAUAAUAAAUACAAUAUGAAAUACAA